GCUUCCCUCUCAUAGUCAAGAGGUAUCCCACUAUACACACAUUCACACCAAUUGAACGAAUUACUUUACAAAAACUUUCUGUUCUUGGUUCAACCUGAUCAUGCCUCGCAGUUUGUGAGCAUUGCAUCCACGCCGCAUACUCCUUCAGCCAUCAUGUCUAAGGUUGCCAACAAACGCAAUAAGUUCGCCGAGCUUCGAGCUCUCCGGGCUUCUGGCAAGAAGGCAUUCGACUCGUACGAAGUCCAGCAAGAAACGGAUCUGUACGAAGAAGUCGACGAGAACCAGUACAAGAAGAUCGUCCGCGACCGUCUAAACGAAGAUGAUUUCGUAGUCGACGACAACGGCGAGGGAUAUGCCGACGACGGUCGCGAGGACUGGGAUCGAGUCCAGCAAUACGAGUCUGACAGUGAGGAUGACCAUGUGGUCAAAGGAAAGCCCAAGUCAGACAAGCGGAAACACGACGAGGAAAAGGCCAAGAAGGACGCGAACGACCGAGACAUUAGCCAGUAUUUCAUGAAAGGCCGCACUGCUCCCCAGCCCAAGCCAAAGGUUGUCAAAACCGAGGCCGACGACAAGUUUUUAGCCGACCUGUUGGGUGAAGUCGACUCAAACAUCCCCGUGCCCGUGUCCCGAGUUGCCAAGAGACAUCGGUCCCCUGAACGACGGAGAGCUCGCGUACUUUCUCCCGGCCCAGCUGCCAGACAACCAGCUCCCAAGAAGACCAAAGUUACAGAUGACCGUCUGCCGUCUCCCUCCGACACCUUCGACGACGAUGGAUUCGUUCCGCCAAUGGACAUGGAUGAUGAUUUGCCACCACCUGCUGCUGAUGUCCUGAUGAGCGAUGCAGAGCCCGCACCCUCCUCCCCUACCACCAAGGUUGUCCAACGCAAGACUCAGGUUAAGGCCGAGCCUGCAGACGACGAUGAUGAUGACAUGAUGGAAGUUGCCCACACUGGUACUAUCAACACCACAAGCGUCAACCUGUCGGCGUCACGGCCAAUCAAGAAGCUUCUAAAGCCAGAUCCAUAUCCUUCUCCGGUCAGCUCGUCUCCUUCAAAGGCACCCGAAUGCUCGAUCGACGCCACGUCCUGGAACGAUCUUACCAGCAAGCUCAAUGUUGUUGGUAGCUCCCCUCCCGAGACGCGGACUAUUGGCAAGCUCGACUACCAAGAUGCCAUUGAGGAAGACGGCAGCCUCAACUUCUUCUGGACCGACUACACUGAGGUCAAUGGCAGCCUUUGCUUGUUUGGCAAGGUGCUUAACAAGAAGAACGGCUCUUACGUGAGCUGUUUUGUCAAGGUCGACAAUGUUUUGAGAAAGUUGUACUUCUUGCCGCGUCAAUACCGGCAACAGGAUGGCCAAGACACCAGUGAAGAAAUCGAGAUGAUGGAUGUUUUUACUGAAGUCGACGAGAUUAUGACCAAGAUGAAAGUCGGCAUGCACAAGAUCAAGGCCUGUACAAGGAAGUACGCCUUUGAACUGCCGGAUAUACCCAAGGAAGGACAGUAUUUAAAACUACUUUACCCUUACACCAAGCCGCAGAUUGCCCAAGAAAUGGUUGGAGAGACCUUCUCGCAUAUCUUCGGCACGAACACUUCACUUUUCGAGCAGUUUGUGUUGUGGAAAAAUAUCAAAGGGCCAUGCUGGCUGAAGAUUGAGGACGCCGACUUUGGUACCCUCAAGAAUGCAUCGCAUGCCAAGCUCGAGGUUUCAGUUGAACAUCCCAACAUGGUGUCUGCUUUGAGCGACUCGGACAAUUUGGACGCACCCCCCCUCACUCUCAUGAGCAUGGCUAUGAGAACCACGUUCAACGCCAAAGUGAACAAACAGGAGAUAUUUUCGAUCAGUGCUCGCAUUUACGAAAACGUCCUUCUCAGUGACACCACUCCAGCAGAGAAGCUGCCUUGCCGAACGUUCACCCUGAUUCGGCCGAGUGGAUCGGCUUUCCCCCUGGGUUUUGAAAAGUUAGCCAAGGACCGCAAAAAGGGCCUGAUCAAGCUGAUGAAACAGGAGUCCGAGAUUCUCUCGUUCUUCCUGGCCCAGGUCGACGUUGUUGACCCCGAUGUCAUCCUGGGACAUCAGCUUGAAGGAGUAGACUACAGUAUUCUUCUGAAUCGUUUACACGAGAAGAAGACCCCCCAGUGGUCUCGUCUGGGCCGACUCCGCAGAUCACAAUGGCCGUCGUCUAUAGGCAAGGUCGGUGGUAAUGUGUUCGCCGAGCGCCAGGUCAUUGCUGGUCGUCUGCUCUGUGACCUUGCCAACGAGGCUGGCAAAUCCGUCAUGUACAAGUGUCAGUCUUGGAGUUUGACCGAGAUGUGCAGCCUUUACUUGGGCGGCGAAAAGAGGAGAGAUGUCGACAACGAGGCAGCCUUGAAGACGUGGGCAACGGAUAAAAACGGUCUCAUGGAUUACAUCACGCACAUGGAAGCCGACACUCAUUAUAUCGCUGCCCUCGCCUUGCGAACUCAGAUGUUGCCACUGACUAAAGUCUUGACGAACUUGGCUGGCAACUCGUGGGCUCGAACUCUCACUGGCACACGUGCUGAGCGGAACGAGUACAUUUUGCUUCACGAGUUCCACCGGAACAAGUACAUUUGUCCAGACAAGCAGAGCUUCAAGGGUCGGGUUAAGCUUGAAGACGAAAACGGCGAAGAGGCUAGCGACACCAAGAAGGACAAAUACAAGGGAGGUCUCGUUUUCGAGCCAGAGAGGGGUCUUUACGACAAGUACGUACUUGUUAUGGACUUCAACUCCCUGUAUCCUUCCAUCAUUCAGGAGUACAAUAUCUGCUUCACGACAGUGGAGAGAAGUGGGAUGUCUGAGGACGAAGGAGCUGUUCCGGAAGUGCCUACGGCUCAGACUCAAGGUGUUCUGCCCAGGCUUAUCGCCACGCUGGUCAGCCGCAGAAGAGAGGUCAAGCAGCUCAUGAAGGACAAGAACGCAACACCCGAGCAGCUUGCCACUUAUGACAUCAGGCAGCUUGCGUAUAAGCUCACAGCCAAUUCUAUGUACGGAUGUCUCGGCUACACCAAGUCGCGUUUCUACGCACGACCUCUCGCCAUUCUUACCACAUACAAGGGCCGUGAGAUCUUACGGAGCACCAAAGAGCUUGCCGAGUCCAACUCGCUUCAGGUCAUCUACGGUGACACAGAUUCCGUCAUGAUCAAUGCCAAUGUCAACUCGGUAGCAGACGCCCUCAAGGUUGGUCAUGAGUUCAAGAAGGCUGUCAACGCACGGUACCAAAAACUCGAGAUUGACAUUGACAACAUAUUCCGCCGUAUCCUGCUGCAGGCUAAGAAGAAGUAUGCGGCGAUUAACCUCGUCGAAGUUGGAGGCAAGUGGGAGGAGAAGAUGGAGGUCAAAGGUCUCGACAUGAAGCGCCGCGAGUACUGCGCACUGUCCAAAGAGAUCUCGUCACGGAUAUUGAACGAUAUUCUGUCAGGCGAUGAUACUGAAGUCUCGAUCCAGCGCAUCCACGAGUACCUCCGCGAUAUUGCGGCCAAGAUGCGCGCGCAGACAAUCCCUGUGCAAAAGUACAUCAUCUUUACCCAGCUUGGCAAGGGCCCUAAAGAGUACCCCAACGCAGACUCGAUGCCCCAGGUGCAGGUCGCCCUCCGCGAGAUUGCACGAGGCAAGAACGUUCGUCGCGGCGAUGUCAUAUCGUAUGUCAUAACUGGCGACAGCAAACAGUCGUCGGAGUCCGUGGCGAAACGUGCAUACACGCCUCAAGACAUGAUGAAAGCCGGUUCAGACCUCAAGGUGGAUGUCGAGUGGUAUAUCGGCAAGCAGAUCUUCCCACCCGUGGAGCGUCUCUGUGCCAAUAUCGUCGGCACGUCUACCGCCCAGCUCGCAGAGCAGCUCGGCCUUGAUAUUCGCCGCUACGCUAACAACUCGUCAUACAGUGGACAGAAUGGCAGCAACGACCUAGAGAUCCACCCACUCGAGUCUCAGAUCCCAGAUGAGGUCCGCUUCGCCGAUUGCGCGCGCCUUUCGCUGCGCUGUCGGAAAUGCAAGACCAGCUCGCAAUUCGAAGGUCUGUUAAACAGCAAGCAGGUCACGCCGCAGGGCGUCUCAUGUCCAAUCUGCUCAGCACACAUUCCGAACCUCAGUAUUGUCACCCAGGUCGAGGCCGCCAUCCGCGCGCAAACGGCACAGUACUACGAGGCGUGGCUAGUGUGCGAUGACACAUCUUGCGGCCACCGCACACGGCAGAUGUCCGUCUACGGCGGCAAGUGUCUGGGUCCCAAGGGCCUGGCGAGCGGAUGCCUGGGCCGCAUGCGAUACGAGUACGGCGAGCGGGACAUCUACAACCAGCUUGUCUACUUUGCAAGCCUCUGGGACGUGGAGAAGGCCAAGGAAAAGGUCAGGGAUGGGCAGGAGAAGCUGGGGGGCGCCGGGAAGGAGACGGUGCUCGCACUGGCAGAGCAUAACAGAGUCCGAUUUGACACGGUAAAGAGCGUUGUGGAUAAAUAUCUGGAUAAGUGUGGUCGGCGGUGGGUGGCGAUGGAUACCCUGUUUGGCAAGUUGGGUUUUGUUGCCGUUUGAAGUACGAGUCUUGGUUGACAGUGUAACCAAGUACUUGUGGUAAUGACUUAUGGAAUGGAUUCAUGGCUUGGUUUGCCGGCAUCGGGCUUGUAAUACUCAGGGUGUGGAGUAGAUAGGAGGUUGGUUUCAUCAGGUUUGAGGCUAUACAAUCUAGUUCUAUGAAUAGCUUGUCUUGAAGUGCUU